AUGGUCCAAAAUGAUACAGAAGGCGCUAACAAAAGUAGCGGCUGUCUUGAACAGGACUCGAAGCUGGCUUCCAUCUUCACGGUGGCCUCCUCCCUGUACGGCUUGUGCAGCGUAUUGCUGGGGCAGGUUUCCUUCAAGUUUGGGGCACGGGUUACCCGCCUUAUUGCCGUAUCAUUUUAUGUUUGUGGGGCGCUAAUGUUGGCAUUCACGACCAAAGAGUUACCUUGGCUAGCUUACCCUGGGCUGACGUUCAUUGGCUUUGGGGGUAUAACCAUAAUCAUCACCUGCAUUCAAGUGGCCAACCUGUUCCCGCUGGGAGGAUCUGUGGUCAUUGGCUUUCUCAAUGGAGGAUUUGACACGUCGUCUGGCAUUCAGCUGAUGGUCAAGUUUGGAUACGAGAAUGGAAUAAGCAGACGGACGUCAUACGUCAUCAUCGCCUGCUGUCAGGUGUUCACCCUCAUCUCCAGCUUGUUCUUUUAUCCCAAGGAUUUUAUCCGCAAACAACAGCAGGACCACGUGAUUGCAUCAGAGGUCAAACUAGACAAUACAGGAUCAGAGACCGGCAAAGUGCAACAGACGGAAACAGAUAAGAAGUUGGAGCAACAAACUAGAAAAAACACAAACACAGAUAUAGAACUGAAAGAACAUGAAGGUUCUGGAACAUUUCGUGGAUUGCUGAGACACGUCCUGACCUUGACAUUUAUACUGCACGUGCUUUGGGCGUCUUGUCUUCAACUUCGAUUUUACUUCGUGCUGGGGUCGAUCAACACCAGUCUACAGAAGAUGGUCAGUUCACAGUCUGAAGUCAGCCACUACACCAACGUGAUGUUGUACACAAUGAUGACUGGCAUCUUCGUCUCCCCCAUCGUUGGAUUCUUCUACUCCUGGCAGACCAAAAUCUUUGCCAACAGCGUAUCCAGCGUACGACGUCAGGUGAUGCCGUCAGUGCUCCCCCUAGCGGCGACCACCGUGUCCAGCGUCAUCAUGUCCAGUCUCCUGCUGGUCAACGACCCCCGGGUGCUGUACGCCUUCUUCGUCUUCCUGGUGCUACAACGGUCAUUUCUAUUCACUAUGUACACCGCCUACAUCGCUGCCAUCUUCCCUAGCUGUUACCUAGGCAGCUUGCUUGGGAUCGCCAUCUUCACCUCUGGGGUCAUCUCAUUCUUCCAGUACGCCCUCUUUGCUUGGCUGGAGACUGGUGGACUUUUACAGAAUUUAAAUUCACAAGGCAUGGAUUUCCUCAAAGCUUCCGGACGAAUACCGUGA